AUGUCAGCUACGGAAACCAUCAGCCUGGGAGAUGCUAGCAUUUCCGAUUUGAGGCGAGCUCUCAAUACAGGGUCCUUAACGAGUGUGGAACUGGUCACUCUUUACCUACACCGCAUCGCUCAGUUUGAUAUGCGAGGCCCUUCUCUCAACUCUGUCUGUGUCUUGAACCCUCAGGUCCUUCAAGAAGCACAGGCUUCCGAUGACUACCGCGCAACACCAGGCCAUGUCCCUCGUCCCCUUGAGGGAAUUCCCUUUUUAGUCAAGGACAGCUUCAAGGUCAAGGGAAUGACAGUUGCGGCCGGAUCUCCUGCUUUUGCGGAUCUCAUGGCUCCAGACGAUGCGGCCAUUGUCUCGAAGCUUCGAGAGGCGGGAGCUAUCGUCUUGGGUCGCACCAAUAUGCCGCCCAUGGCCGAUGGUGGUCCGCAGCGUGGUCUGUAUGGUAGAUCCGAAAGUCCGUAUAAUGCCACCUAUGGCACAACGGCGUAUGCCUCUGGUUCCUCCAAUGGCAGCGCGACUGCGAUGACGGCCUCGUUCGCGGCCUUUGGAUUUGGUGGAGAGACAGUAUCUUCAGGACGCUCCCCGGCUUCCAACAACGCCCUGGUCGGUUACUCUCCAUCUCGCGGCAUAAUCCCAAACCGAGGACAGUGGCCGCUGUAUCCAACGUGUGACGUUGUCGUGCCUCAUACAAGGACAGUCUCAGACCUCUUUGAUGUACUUAAUGUCGUUGUUUUUGAUGAUGAAAUGGCCUCAACAGGAGUUGAUUUCUGGCGAAACCAACCUUAUACUUCUAUUCCUAAGGCAUCGGAAGUCCGACCUCUAGACUUCCAUAGUCUUGAAGAUCCUCACGCUCUGUGCGGAAAGCGGAUAGGGGUGCCGAGACGCUUUCUUGGCAGACAAGGAACAGAGGCCUCAAAUAUCUGCACCCAGUCGGUCUUGAAAUUAUUCGAUCGUGCGCGCAGGGACCUAGAGGCCCUGGGCGCAACAUUGAUCGAAGUGGACUUCCCACUUGUGGAGCAGUAUGAGAAGCAGGAGUAUCCGGGCCAGGCGUCCAACGUACCUGGACUAUCGGUCAACUGGGCGAAGCUUGAACGAUGCGAGAUGAUUGCCAUGGCAUGGGACGAUUUUUUACGUGCCAUGGACGACGUUGACCUUCCAAAUCUUACAUUUGCCGACCCGGAGAAGAUCCACCCGCAUAUCGCACCCUUGGAUGAUCCCAGGGCAAUGUCCGAGGCUGAGAACAUUGUUCGAUAUCCUGAUAUGAUUGAAUCUGUCCGUGUUCGAGCCAACUCCCUUGAUACCGUACCGAAAUGUGAGGAGGCUGUCAAGGCCCUCGAAAAAAUGAGAAAGACAUUGUACGACGAUUGGAUGGAUGUCGAGGGCCUAGAUCUGUUGGCUUUUCCGACGAAUGGCGAUGUCCCCUUUGCAAACGCCGAUGAGGAUCUGGAUUCGAUGCGCCACGCUCUUCAAGAUGGAAUUAAGUAUGCUAAUGGUGGUCGGGCACUUAAGCACCUUGGCGUCCCUUGUAUCACGGUUCCCAUGGGGGAGAUGGAAGACAAGUCCAUGCCUGUGGGUAUUACCUUCACCACAAAGGGUUGGGCAGAUCAAGAUUUACUUCGCUUUGCAUUUUCAUAUGAAAAUAGUUUCAAACGACGAACUAUGCCCCCAAGAGCCCCAGAGCUUCCCACUGACAAAUUUUCGUUGGUGAGCAAGUGCUUGUCGACAUCAAAGCCGGAGCUGUCAGUUGAGCAGAUCACGUCAGAGGUAAUCACUGAUGACCAGUUUGAGGUCCGUUCGGUGUCAGUUCACGGCAGAGUGAACUCGCCUGACCCCGGCCAAAUUUCUUCCUUCACGGCCUUCGUUGAUGGCCAAGCUGCAGAUGGACUGACAGUUGAGGCUGGGAAGUGGACAUUUGACUCUCGGCUCACCAGACGCAAGACGUAUGACAAAUAUCCUACGCUGGCAAAAGUUCCCAAAGACCAUUUCAUGUUAACCUUUGUGGCCAAGUCUUCAAAUGGUAGAUGCGCAGCGCAGAUGGUCCUCGUUGAAUAG